AUGCCGGUAGCUACUGUUAGAAGCAUGACUCCUUCGCCCCCGGACAAAAAACACCUCCUCAACAACCAUCCCACCCACCUACUCCAGCCACACUCCCACCUCCCAGCAUCCAGCCCAGUCACACCCGCGCAUCCCAAAGCGGCCAACGCUUACCCCUCCGCACCACACGAUUGGUCCACAUGCAUUCCCUCAGCGCCCAGCACCACGGCGACUUGCGACUUGCUUGCUUGUCUGCUUGCUUGCAGCGUGUACAGCGUGUGUGGCGUUUGUGAUUACUGA